AUCUGGCAACACAGAUUUGCAAAGUCAGAGUUUAAAAUGUCGAUAUUACAUAGAAUCGCAGAUUGUGCUCGAUUUAAUAAUGAUUAUUAUAAAAUGAAAACAGCGGCCCUCUUAAUCACAACAACUGCGCUUGAAUGAGCGUUAAAUGAGUUUUAAAUUAUUUUGUUUUAUUUUUUUAUGGGAACAUCUCUUGUGAAAAAUCAAUAUCACCAUGGACACAACUGGAUCGAUAAACAAUGAGGAUUAUAAUAUAGAGAGUAUUGAGCAAGAAGAUGAUGGUGAUUAUUCCGAAGAACGGGAGCUGGUGAAUGACUCGUGUUCGACGAAGGUUUUGGACCCGUCAGAGGAGCCCCGCGACCGCUACUGUCUCGUUUACAUUUUGUUUUAUUUAUUUGGGAUCACUUCGCUUGUUUCCUGGAAUUUCAUUAUAACAGCCAAUGAUUAUUGGAUGUACAAGUUCCGAGAUGUCACACCAAGCAACCUCACAUUCUACGUCCGUAAGACACAGUUCCAGGCUGAGUUCACAUCCUACCUCAAUGUGGGCACCGCUAUACCCAACCUGAUAUUCCUCAUGCUCAACUCGUUUUAUGGCCAUCUGGUAUCGGUGAAGGCGCGGCUCCAAGGGUCUCUGUUGGUAGUGACGCUGUGCUUCCUCAUCACCACGGCCUUCGUUCAGGUCGACACUGAUGAAUGGCAGAACACCUUCUUCAUCAUCACCAUGGUGACGGUUGUGGUGAUGACUGCUGCCAGCGCUAUCUUCAUCGGCAGUCUGGUCGGUGUAGCCAGCAAGUUCUCCAAGGAGUACAUGGGCGCGGUGAUGAGCGGCCAGUCCCUGGGCGGUAUCAUAGCUGCCAUAGCGCAGAUCAUAUCUCUGGCUUUCAAGAUAUCCCCGCUCCACAGCGCGCUCAUAUACUUCAUAAUGGCGGAUAUCAUUCUGGUCAUAUCGGCCGUGUCCUACGUCCUGAUGAACAAGAUAGACUUCUUCUCAUACCACAUCCUCCGAGGGUCGGGCGUGGCGACCAACAGGCACAGGGACGCGUCCAUGCUGAUCAUACUGAAGAAGAUAUGGGUGUACGCGUUCAGCAUCUUCGCUGUUUUCGGGAUAUCCAUCUGCGUGUACCCGGCUGUGACGGUUUUGGUGGAGUCGCACCCGGUGACCACGGGCACCGACUGGAACAACAUAUUCUUCGUGCCGGUCGUCAACUACCUGAUCUUCAACUGCGGCGAUUACUCCGGCAGGCUCGCCUCGGCGUUCCUGUUGCGACCAACCAACCAGUGGGUGAUCGCGUCCCUGAGCGUGCUGCGCGUGGUCGGCGUGCCGCUGCUGAUGCUGUGCAACGCCCAGCCGCGGCAGCACCUGCCCGUGCUCUUCCCCUGGGACUACCAGUACAUCACCAUCAUGAUAGUGUUCGCCUUCACCAACGGCUACCUCACCAACAUCAUCAUGAUCAACUCCACCAGAGUCGUGGAAAUCCACGAGCGCGAGAAAGCGUCGAGCGUGAUCGCCACCAUGUUGAGUGUGGGUCUGACGGCCGGCGCGGCGGUCGGCAUGCUGCUGGUGCGGCUGCUGUGAGCUGGCGCCGGGAAGAGAUGGCAUAGGCGAGCAUUGAUGAUGGGUGAUGAUCAGCAUCACCACAGACAAGCGAAGAUGAUGGAUCAUAACGACAAAAGAAAUAGAACGGAAACGUUCUUCUUAUAAUAAAAAUACGACACGAUCCUAUUUGUAGAGUUCCCGAUGUAAGGUAGAGUCGGAUCAAAGUAUAUAAUGUUAUUGUAUAAUGUAAAAUCAUGACGCACUUUUAAUAGAAAAUAAUUUAUAAAUCACGACAUAUUUAAUGACUAUUAACGCGAGAUGUCCGCGCUGAACGGAAUACCGACAGUUUGCAGUUUUUCAUCAACACUCACCAGCACGUGCAGCACUCGCAUAUGUUAUAUGAGUGAGAAACUUCAAAACUGUCCGUAUUCACUUCAUGGAAACUCGUCUUAGGUGUAAGGUGUACACAUUAUAUGAUCGAUUUAAUAUAAUUAAUAUCGAUCUCUUAGUUAUAAGAUAAUAAAUACUGUUUUAAUUAUUACACAUAAAUUUUAAACGCGUUAGUAGGCGCAAUAUAUGGUGUUGUAAGUGAAAAAUAAUUUAGACGGGUUAUCGAAGUUCAGAAACACAGAUUAUAUAUAUAUAUAUAUUGGAAAACAAAAAAAAAUAAUUGUCUAUUACACGAGCGUUUAUGUUCAGACGUAGUAUUGUGAUGUGUAUAUUCGUCCUAAUUUUAUGGUAUGUAUUUAAAAAAAAAUAUUAAAAUGCGAGAUUCAAUUCACUUUAAAGAAAAUUUCAACUAAGUUCAAGCUUUUUGUAUCAUAGAAAAAAAAAUCUUCUUUAUAAAUGUAUGCUGACAGUGUCAGGACGUUAGUGAUAAGACUCCCAGCGUGUACAUAUAUGGGAUUAAGAAAUAAACAGCUCAGAGUAUUAGACGUAAGUGACUUGGUCCAGUGUACGGACUGGACGGGAGCGGAGACUUGUAAAGUACAUCUAAGAUGGGGCGACGGGCGGAGUCGGGCGGGAGACAUAGUGUUGUGUAGGUUCCGCUGUCUCUCAACACAUUACUGCUGCACACUGCUGGCUUAUUUGGUUACCUCUGACCCAAACAACAGCUCCUUAAGUUUAAAAUACUACGAGAUUUGGUUGUUAAUGUCUUAUUGUUGGUAUAUUUUAACUUGUCAUAAAAAAAACAGUCUCCAUCAUGAAGUCAUUGUAAGAUCUGCUUGUUUCAAUGAACUAAAUACAAUAAUGUGUUAUUAUUUAGAUGGUUAUUGAGUCACGCAGCAGCGUGGUCAGGGUCAAUUUCUCUUACUUCUUUUAAUAAUUAUUAUGUUACGAAUUAAAUAAAAAUAUAAACCAAGCCUCAACGACACAGCACACAGCAAUACCUAACGUAGUGGACUAUCGAACUUGUCGGGUCUCACUCACUGCGCAAGGCCGAGUACCUUCUAAACCGACAAGUUACGGAUCCAAUGAUAGUAUUCCUGCCCUAAACGACAUCACGACGUAACCACAUUGCUGAAAGAUAAAUUGUAACCAAUCAGAAUCAAGCUGACCGAACGCUGAACAGCAGCGAGCGGCGGACAUUGCUAACACUAAUAAUGGCGUAGGUUGGGUUAGACCCGCCGGCUGGCCGGCCGCCGAGCUCCGCUGUGUCGUGUGCUGCGUGGUGCUGGCUACUGUUGAUGCGGUGACGGGAAGUCGUCUCUGCUGGGGACAAACACGCUCCCAGCGGACGCUCCCUCUUGUUUCAGUAUUCGCGUCUCAACCAUUACUCCUUGUCCAACAUUAAACUUUCGAGUAUUUAUAAAAGCUUCAUUUCUGCCGCGACUGUUUAAUACAUUCUUUUCCUUUACUAUACGUUUAUUUUGGGGAAAUCUUAUUCUGCAGUUCAAAGCUUCUGUUGAGUGCAGCACUAAUCGUCCGCCCUAGAGUAAGUUAUGCGUUUAGAAACCUGUUAAUAUUUUAAAAGAUUUCUGUAUAUUUUUGGUGCUUAUGUUCUGUUUUAGUGUCAUAUAUUAUUGUGUACAUAAUGAAAUAUAUUUGAUGUAUAACUUAACUUAAGAGUAGAAUUAUAUUGAGAAAAUCUGUAAUAAUCUACUUUCUCAACAUAGUAGAAAUAUUUUAAAACUCAUUACAUGUAAAUUUAAAAAAUUUACUCACACUUAAUGAUUAUAUCGACGUAACACUAGCUUUCACAGAAACACAGUCCAAUAACCUAUGGCGCUAUAUAAGCGUCCCACGGCGCAGCUUCCCGGCGUACUUAAGACGAAUCAUUACCAGAAAUAACACAUUCCGUAAGAUAUGUAACAUUAGUUAAUAAGAAAAAACGAUUUAUGAAGAAUAAAUUGUGUUAGCGUAGCCUCGACCCAUGAUACUGUGUAUUGGCGUGAAGACGAGCAUAUUGUAGCUUAGAACAUACGCUAAAUAUUAUAUACUAGUAGUGUUAACAUAAGGAAUAACAUUAAAAUACAUUUAGGUGUCCCUAGUAUACUAGGAUGUCCCUGUCUCCUAAACGAUCAUUGUUACUUACUACCUGUAUGCGAGUCAUCGGAAGUGUCCCGGCAGAUCUCAUAUUGUGUAAGCUGUACACGUUCACGGAGGUAGUUGUACACGUGUUUAAUUUUUUAUUAAUUGUGAUAAUUUUAUCGGAUCCCAAAGCGUAACGCGGGAUUAGAAAUUAAGUUUUGUCUUACCAUCAAGAUUUUUAUAUGUAUGUAUGUAUCGAAAAUAAUCAUUUUUAUGUAAAUGUGUUGUGUUAAGUUUAUACUAUUGAUGUUCCGCGGAUUUGAUUUUAAUUGCCAUUCAAUGGAUUUGUUGAUAAUGUAUUUAGUAUAUGACACGUGUUCAUAAAUGCAGAUUGAAAAUCUUGUCACGAAGCCAACAGAGUGUAUCUCAUCUUUGGCUUGCAUUUCUGCUGAGAUUUCCAAUUUCUAUUUGUCAACACCCUGUAGCUAGCUGACGUAACACAUCUUCAUAUGUAUGUGCGAAUAAAUUGAUAUAUGUCA